AUGAAUUAUUAACAGGGUAAUAGAGAUUUAGCCAUCAGAUAAGAAAUUUAUAACACUCAAAAGAACUUUUCAUAUAAAAUUAAAAAUAAAAAGAAUAAUAUAAUUAUUAAUGAUAAACAUUCUGGUUGUAUUGAUAGAAUCCAAAAUCUAACAUCAGAGUUAAAAAGAAUGACCGAAGCAUUAAAAGAAACAAAUCUAUAAGUCUUAAAUUUAAAGCAAGAAAUAUAAAAACCUAGAGUAAAUUAAGCAUCCUCUAAUGAUGAUGUAAUAUAAAAAAUCCAAGUUGAAGGAUUUAAGCUAGAUUAAUAUAAAUUGAAUAAAUUAGAAGAAUUAAAUGAAAUGGAAAAUGAUCUAAAUAGAUAACAUAAAGACCUAUAAGCUGAAAGAAAUAAAAUUAGACUAUGA